AUGAGUUGGACGAUGUCCGCCGCCUCCAGGGCCAUAAAGUGCGUGGUGGUGGGUGAUGGCACUGUCGGCAAGACAUGCAUGCUCAUAUCAUACACAACCGAUUCCUUUCCUCAGGAGUACGUGCCCACCGUGUUCGACAACUACUCGGCGCCGCUUGUCGUUGAUGGUGUACCGGUGAACCUCGGUCUUUGGGAUACUGCCGGUCAGGAGGACUAUGAUCGGCUACGGCCAUUGUCCUACCCUCAGACGGACGUAUUCAUUCUGUGCUUCAGUGUCGUCGCAUCGGUCAGCUUCGACAACGUGACGACCAAAUGGAUCCCGGAAAUACGUCAUCACUGCCCGGAAACUCCUAUCCUGCUCGUCGGUACGUGCAACGCUACCACUUAG